CUCCUUAAUAACAGUUCCACAACAGUUGUGUUGCUAGGUACUAUAAUCUCAUUUCGGCAUCAUGGCUACUGAAAGCUGCAAGGGAGUGUUGGCUGUGCCUCUAGGAAACGCACUUAUCUCCAUCCAGUGCAUCAGAGACCAAGUCAGAGAUGGAGAAUCAGGUGAUCACGGUGGAGCAUUCGAUCUCUCCAUGUUCUGGAACACUUUGAACCAGGGAGUGAAGGCGGUGUCAAUGGCUGCAACGCUGGUUAGCAUGGGCUCCUCAAAACCCCCUCAGCCAUCUUUACAAGUGUUGCAGGAUGAAGAAAAGCUGUUAGUGUCUGUACUAAACAGCACACUGACUCUAAGUGAAGUUUACUCCUGCCUACCUGAAAGCCAAGGGGUGACGCUACGGCGACAGGUCAGGGAUGCUACUGUGGAGGUCCUGGAUGGCGUUUUACACCUGACCCAGGAGCAGAUCAUGUCCACUAGAGGAGUUUGGUCUGCUUGUGAUCGCUUUGCUCGGCUACCAAAAGUGAUGGGCAAAUGA